UCUCGCGAUGUUUGAGUUCACGCGAUAACUUCAUGGUCGUGUGUAACCAUCUGGCGCGUCAGGUUUAACAAAUCUUCAAACUACACGCAUCCAAUUGCGUAGCUUUUUUGCAGGGCAAACAAAACCUUAACAUGGCAGAUGCUGAAACUCUUGACGAGGAACCAAGGCAGGAGGAAUCUGCUGAGUCCGUCAAGUCCGAACCCGACGAGACAUUUGAAGAAACACCGAAUGGCGUGAAAACGGAAGCCGAUGAGAGUAAGCCCUCCAAAGAAAAACACGAUGGUAAAGAGAAGUCCUCUGGGAGCAGAAGAGGAAACCGCUACCAUCCUUACAAAGACAAACACGGUGGAGACAAGAAGGGCGCCCAUAGAAACCGGGUGUUCAUCAGCAAUAUCCCUUAUGAUAUGAAGUGGCAGGCAAUUAAAGAUCUAAUGCGUGAGAAAGUCGGUGAGGUUACAUACGUGGAGCUCUUUAAGGAUGCAGAAGGAAAGUCAAGGGGUUGUGGUGUGGUGGAGUUCAAAGAUGAGGAGUUUGUGAAGAAGGCUGUGUCAGCCAUGAAUAAGCAUGACCUUAGUGGAAGACGACUCAACAUCAAGGAGGACCCUGAUGGGGAACAUGCACGGCGUGCACUGCAGCGAAUGGGAGUAGGUCAACAGGGAGGUCGUGGGCAGGACAUGGGACCUGGCGGGCUGAACCUCCCGCCCUCCAUUGCCAAUAACCCUAACAUCCCACCUGAGGUCAUCCAUGCACUGCAGGCUGGACGGCUAGGCAACACAGUGUUUGUGGCAAAUCUCGACUUCAAGGUGGGCUGGAAGAAGUUAAAGGAGGUGUUUGGCAUGGCAGGCGUGGUAAAACGUGCGGAUGUUAAGGAGGACAAAGAUGGCAAGAGUCGCGGGAUGGGAACGGUGACUUUUGAGCAGCCACUGGAGGCUGUGCAGGCAAUAUCUAUGUUCAAUGGACAGAUGCUCUUUGACAGACAGAUGCACGUGAAAAUUGAUGAAAAGUCACUUCCCCUGGAUGAUUUCCAUCAAGUAGAAAAACCACCACAGUUACCAAGGGGUCUAGGUGGUAUUGGAAUGGGACUGGGCCCGGGAGGUCAACCUAUAAAUGCCACCAGACUGAGCGGUGGAGGAGGCAUGGGUUCCAUGGGACCUGGAGGUAUGGAUGUUUCGAGCUACGGUGGAAUGAACAGACUCGGAGGAGGAAUGAGUGGUGGUGGAGGCUUUGGGGGCAUGGAGAGCAUGGGCAAUAUGGGUGGCUUUGGAGGGAGAGACAUGGCACCAGUUGGUAGAAUGGGAGAUAUGUACAGGUCAGGAAUGGGUGUCAUGGAUCGGGAUUUCGGUCACGGUGACAUGCCAAUGAAUCGAGGAUUUGGGGAUUCUUUCGGAGGAAUGGGUGGAGGUUUUGGAGGAGGCAUGGGCAGUGGUGGCAUGGGGAACAUGGGGACUGGAUUAGGUGGUGGAAUAGGCAACAUGUCAAUGGACCGGAUGGGCUCCAGCUUCGACCGUAUAGGCAUGACGGGAAUUGACAUGAACCGAGGCUUUGGUGGCUAUGGAGGUGGGGGGCCAGGACACAUGGGUGGAGGCAUGUCUGAUAGAGGCUCUGGGUCCAAAGCAGGCUGCCAGAUAUUUGUGAGAAAUCUUUCCUAUGAUCUGACAUGGCAAAAGCUGAAAGAGAAGUUCAGUCACUGUGGUAUGGUGAUGUUUGCAGAAAUCAAGAUGGAGAAUGGAAAGUCAAAGGGAUGUGGGACGGUGAGAUUUGACUCUCCGGAGAGCGCGGAGAAGGCCUGCAGGAUGAUGAACGGCACCAAGAUCAACGGCAGAGAGGUGGACGUCCGCAUCGACCGCAACGCCUAGAGCUUUUGUAGAAGUUGAUCUUACACACUUAACACAUUCAGCCCCCCUUUGCCAAUGAUCUUUUGUUUUGUUUUAAAAACACAAAAACUUCAUAUCCGUAUGUCCAUUUCAUUUUUGUUUUUGUUUAUAUAUACUACAUAGCUAUUUUAUCUUUGUUUUGUAAGCCCUUUUUAAUUUGUCAGGUGAUUUGUUUGAACAAAUAAAAUUUAAUUUUUAAACUUG